AUGGGAAAUAAGACAAUGUGUUGUACUUAGGAAGAAUCCUAGAGAUAAUCACAUACUCUUGGUUCAGAAUGUAUAUCAACAAUUCCAGAUAUUAGUGAAGCUUUUCCUCUCUUGCAGUUGGCAUGCUCGAGUGAAUGAGAUCAUCAAUAAAGAUUACAACCAUAUGCCAUUAUUAAAUGAAUAUAGAGUUUAGCCUACACUUAAAACCAUUUAAUAACAUUUACAUAUUAGAAAAUAAAUGAUAAGUGAUAUAUUUUAUAGCUUUGUUCAAAACCCAAAAGAUUUGAUGUUUCAUUCAUAAAUGAAGAUUUCAUUAGUUUCUACAUCCAUCAUCAUUUCGGAUAAGAGUUAAUAAUCAUAAUUAGCUUAGAGUUUUAUUAAGGCAACUGAUUUGUAUCUUUCUAUCUCUAUUUCAUAGUCACAUCGAUUUAAAAAUGGAGAUUAAUCAAUUUAUACAAUUCUUUGCUGAUCUCAUCUCAAAAUUCUACAAGACCACUUAAACAGUUGAUGAAAUUAAACUCCUUAUUUUAGAUGAACUAUUUACAAAUGAAUCUUUUUAUGAUUUCGUUAAAUUACAAUACGACAAAGGAUUAAAUAGCAAAAUAAUUGCUUAUAGAACAAAUAUAUAAAAGAAAAUAAAAUCUCAAAUCAAAUAAGAAAAAGCUGUUACUAUUCUCUAAAGUAUAGUUUAUAAAAAAUCUCCAAGAGAAAAACUAUAAGUUUUAGAUAAUGCAGCUCAAAAAUUGAUUUAAGAAAACAAAAAUGCAGAUGCUGAUAAAUUUAAUGAAUUAGUUUAUGAUUUAAUUAUCCAAGCAAAUAUACCUUCAUUUGUUUCAGAAAUUAAAAUGAUUCAUCAUUUUGCUGGAGAAAUGUAUAAAAUUGCUUUUAAAUUGUUUUAGUGAUUCUAUGGGAAGAUAUGGAUAUAUCCUAACUGCUUUUAUGGGAGUAUUAAUGUUAAUUAUUUAAACUUGA